AUAAUCAAUGUUUUAAAUUAUGUGUCUAUUGUUUUAUUUUAUUUCUGUUACAUAAAAUAAAUAAUUUUUUUAAUUGAAUUUAAACAUUAUGUGUUUAUCUGGUAGUAAAGUUAUUGACGAAUGAUAAAUAUGUUUUCUUUCAUAUUUUGAUGUUCCUAUCCCGAUAUCACACUAUAACCACAUAGUUUAUGUAACAUAAUUUAUAAAUAUGUCAAAUGUGUUAAAUAUUUUUUAGAAUUAACAAGAAAGGAAAAAAAUAUUCUUGUAAACCAGCAGACGAUGAACAUCUACAACAUGCUGAAUUUAUUAAAAAAUGUCAUUUAAAAUUGAGAAUAAAUUCAAUGGAUAUUGGUGCAGAUGAAGCAUGGACAAAUCACUGUUUAGACGAGUCACUUUUAAAAAAUUAUUCUCAAAGCAUGCAUAAACUGGCAUCACAAUUUUGGGAUGCAAACAACAAAAAUGAUCCUUCAAGUUGUAGAAUAUCAUGGAUUACUUACAACGUUUUAAAAUAUUUCCAAGAAGAUUAUUUUCAUGAAGUAGUUCGAGAAAAAUCUUUAGCUGAAAAGUUUAUUGUGAAUUGGGUUGAUAAUAAUGUAAUCUGCAUGCCAGAAAAACCUUUUUAUCUUCUUGAUGUUGGAAGUUGUUAUAAUCCUUUUCAAAAGUAUUUACCUUUUAAAGUAUUGCCUAUAGACAUAGCACCAGCAACUGAAAAUGUUAUAAAAUGUGAUUUCCUUUUAGUACCAUUAGACACUAAGUUAAACAUUUUUAAAAAUGUUUGUCAAACUUUACCAUUAUCUAGCUUUGAUAUAGUUGUAUUUUCAUUAUUUCUUGAAUAUUUUCCAUCACCACUACAAAGGUACAAAUGUUGUGAAAAAGCUUAUAAAGUUUUAAGACCUGGUGGUUUAUUAGUUAUUAUAACACCAGAUUCAAACCAUGCUUCUUCCAACUCGAUGUUAAUGAAAAAUUGGAAGAUAUCGUUAAGUAGUUUAGGAUUUUGGCGUAUUAAAUAUGUAAAGCUAACCCAUUUACAUUGUAUGGUAUUUAGAAAAUGUUUUCUAGAACAGAUUCCUAAAAGUUGGUUGCAUUCUUUAAAUAUUACAAAUAAUGUUAAAGAUUUAAUAACCAUUCCACAAGAUUCUAGAAAUUAUAAUAAAAUAGAUAAGACUCCAAAAAUGUUAGAAAAGCGUGAUGAUUACAUGGUUGCUAACUUAUUUUCAGAGUUAACUAAUAUAUAAUAUUGUUAAGA